AUAAUACGGUAAGAGAGGGCGCUUUCUAUAGUAUAGCCCCGGAGUGUUGUAAUUUUUCAUUGAGAAAAUCCUGAAGGUGAGAGCGAUAUGGCUAUUCGUUUCUGCACCAGGAUUUUCAAUAAUACUUCUUUCGGCUUUGUGAGACAUGUUGGAUUACCUUGUGCAUAUUCAACGGAAGCUACUUUCCAAACUAAGCCAUUCAAAUUGCAUCUUCUUGAAAAUGGUCCUUCCACGGAGGUCACUGUCACCCGGGACGACGCCCUCCAUUAUUAUAAACAGAUGAUGAUGAUUCGUCGCUUGGAAGCUGCAGCCAAUAAUAUGUACAAAGAAAAAACCAUUAGAGGAUUUUGUCAUUUAUAUUCAGGACAGGAAGCUUGUGCUGUCGGUAUGGAAGCAGCUUUACGGAAAACUGAUGCGGUGAUUACUGCCUAUAGGGCUCACGGUUGGACGUACGUACGAGGAGUUAGUGUAAAAAGUGUAUUAGCAGAAUUAACAGGACGAGAAGCAGGAUGUGCCAGAGGUAAAGGAGGCUCAAUGCAUAUGUAUUCAUCUAACUUCUUUGGAGGAAAUGGAAUUGUAGGUGCUCAGGUACCAUUAGGUGCAGGAAUUGCAUUUGGUUUAAAAUAUCUUGAUAAAGAUGACAUAUGCCUUGCAUUAUAUGGAGAUGGUGCUGCAAAUCAAGGCCAAGUUUUUGAAGCGUAUAAUAUUGCUAAAUUAUGGAAUCUCCCUGUAAUAUUUAUAUGUGAAAAUAAUGGUUAUGGAAUGGGAACGAGUGCUGAUAGGGCUGCAGCUUCCACGGAUUAUUAUACUAGAGGUGAUUACAUACCAGGUAUUUGGGUAGAUGGUAUGGAUAUUUUAGCUGUAAGAGAAGCAACUUUCUUUGGUGCAGAGUUAUGUAGAUCUGGAAAGGGUCCGCUAGUCAUGGAAGUUGCAACUUACCGUUACCACGGUCACAGUAUGAGUGAUCCUGGAACCAGUUAUCGAACCAGAGAAGAAAUUCAAGAAGUGAGACAAACUCGUGAUCCGAUCACUUCUUUUAGAGAAAAAAUAAUUACUGCCAAUCUUGUCACCAGUGAGGAAUUAAAGAAAAUUGAACAGGAUGUUCGUAAAGAAGUUGAAGAAGCUACAGAAGUAGCAAAAUCAUCUAAAGAAAUUCCAUUGGAAGAGAUGUUUGCAGAUAUUUAUGUAGAGCCUAUAAAACAAAAAAUCAGAGGAGUGACACCUUUUACAGAACAUACACACAAAAGAAUUUCAACACCAUUGAAUGCUAAGUGAUUCAGAUUAAUUUAACUUUAAUUAAUUAUGCAGAAGAAGAAAGAAAAUAUGUAAUUAGAAUGUAAAAGUUUUUUAUCUUUAAAAUGUCCAGAUGGAAACUAUUUAAAAAUUGUUUCUAUCUAAUUAAAGUGUUAUAUAUGUGAA